UGCCGUCACGCACUGGUGACAUUACGGAGGCCUGGGUUCUCGCUCCGCCGGCUGCUGGUGUUGGGUCAGCCGGCAUCCGUCGGUGCCCUGGUUCCCCUUGUCGCACUGGAAGAGGAGCUGUACUGUUGUUUUGGAAGGGCUCCUGGUCUGUGUUUUUUUUAAUGAGCUAGACGUUACAACUCACUCUCAGGAACGGGAGGGCGGCUGGGUCCUACUGCCCGCUGGAUGCUCGGGGCUCGGGACUGUAGGGCGGGCCCAGGCUGCAGCUCACUCUAAGGGCGACGGAGCCCCGCGAAGCCGCCCGCGGGGCGGUGAUGGCCGGACGCGUCCUGGGAAAAGCUUUAGUCACCGUGUCUCUCUCUGUGGCUUUGGCUUCUGUGAGUGUCAGGUCCCUGGGCUGCCGCAGCAUUCCAGCUUACAGAAACUCAUUUUCAUCCUGUUGGUUUCAUCUUAAUCCCAUCAUCAUGUCAGAUUCUAAUGGUGCCAAAGGAAAGUCCCACUACAAGGCUCGGACAUCUCCUUACCCAGGUUCAAAAGUUGAACGAAGCCAGGUUCCUAAUGAGAAGGUGGACUGGCUUGUUGAGUGGCAAGAGUAUAACCCUGUGGAAUACACUGCAGUCUCUGUCUUGGCUGGACCCACAUGGGCAGAUCCUCAGAUCAGUGAAAGUAACUUUUCUCCCAAGUUUAAUGAGAAAGAUGGGCAUGUUCAGAGAAAGAGCCAGAAUGGCCUGUAUGAGAUUGAAAAUGGAAGACCUAGAAAUCCUGCAGGACGGACAGGACUGGUUGGCCGGGGGCUUUUGGGGCGAUGGGGCCCAAAUCAUGCUGCAGAUCCCAUCAUAACCAGGUGGAAGAGGGAUAGUAGUGGUAAUAAAAUCACCAACCCUGUUUCUGGAAAAAAUAUUUUACAGUUUGUUGCAAUAAAAAGGAAAGACUGUGGAGAAUGGGCAAUCCCUGGGGGCAUGGUGGAACCAGGAGAGAAGAUUAGUGCCACACUGAAAAGAGAAUUUGGUGAGGAAGCUCUCAACUCCUUGCAGAAAUCCAAUGCUGAAAAGAGAAAAAUAGAGGAACAAUUGCACCAACUCUUUAGCCAAGAGCAUCUAGUGAUAUAUAAAGGAUAUGUUGAUGAUCCUCGAAACACUGAUAACGCAUGGAUGGAGACAGAAGCAGUAAACUACCAUGAUGAAACAGGCGAGAUAAUGGAUAAUCUUACUCUAGAAGCUGGAGAUGAUGCUGGAAAAGUGAAAUGGGUGGACAUCAGCGAUAAACUCAAGCUUUAUGCCAGCCACUCUCAAUUCAUCAAACUUGUGGCAGAGAAACGAGAUGCGCACUGGAGUGAGGACUCUGACCCUGGCUGCCCUGGCUUAUAGCUUGAAGUCUCCAUGUAAGCUAAAGACCAACAAAGGAGCAUGUACUGAAAAGAAGGAAGUGUCACAGAACUCAUACUAUAAAAAGGCCAGGGUAGGGCACUUAGGAAUUAUUUUAUUUAUUUUCAUUUACAAGGUUUGCAUUUCGGUUUUGCAUCAGAAUAAUAUUAGUAAAUACGGUAAAAUAGAAAAUAGGAUUUUCAGCUUUCCAUUCAAAAGAAGAGGAGUGUAGUCAUAUAUUUUAUGUAUUCUAUUUGAGCAUAGCUUAAACCAAGUUUAGACAACUAAUGCUCUUUGAAGAAUUGCAAUCAGAAUAAAGAGAAAUUUCUGAUCAUCUGUGUAACUUCUGUUUUUCAUUUAGUUCUUGUUUGUGAAUUCUUUUUUUUCUCCCACUGAUCUUUUGAUAUCUGAAGAAUAUUCUUGCCACAUCAAGUACUUUCAAAGGAGCAACACCAUUGGAUAUAUAGUUUAAUGUAUAAUCUGAUUUAUCUUCAAAUUAUUUGUUUUAAUUUUUGCAUUAUAUGAUCUUGUUGAAGCUGCUCUCAAAAAAUGGCAACUUUCUGUGUAUUCUUAACUUGAAAGUCAUCAGUUUAAUGAAGAAAUAUCAAAACUCUUUCAGUCAAUAAAGAUCACUCACGAUCAGUGAACAAGAGCUUGUCUCAUUUUCAAAAAUUCUGAAUUAAAAAACAUACCUAGUAAAUUAGUAAUUUAAAUCAAUGUGCUUAUCUUACUCUAUUGUAACCGUAUAUGUUGGAAAUGAAUUAAAAAUAGAUGUUCAGAAAGGAAUUGACAGGCAGAGACAGAGGGAGAGUUUUGAGAGUUAAAGUGAUUUUUGUCGGGAAGGGAAUGUUAAGAUUGAAAUAAGGUUUUGAGAGAUGCUCUAUCAAUAUUAUAAAUGUCAGACAAAAGGAGAGGGUUAGCUAGGGGCUCUUGGAAGCAGGGAAGAGGAAAGAAAAAUAACACUGCUUUGGUGCCACCAUUUACGAUACUGUGUUUGGGGGCAUGUGUAUCACAUUCUGGCUAAGAAUGUCAACCAGUGACAUCCACUGGGAAAGUCCCUUCGUGCUAACUCCUGUCACCCCAGAGUAGGGACUGUCAUAAUUCCAUCUUCAUUCCAGCUAGACUGCACAUGGAGUAUCUGGAGAAGAGGUAACUUAGGGGAGAGUGAUACGAUUGUUGUCUUCAGAUACUUGAAAAAGGUGUUAGCUAGAGGGCAGAACCAGGGCUAAGGUAAAUCAAAAGUUUUUCGUUUUUGUCAGUUUGGUGUCAAAACUUCUGCGGUGGUAAAACCUGAGCUGAACUAACAGGAAGGUUUAUUCCCCUUAAACUGAUCAUACAUUUUUUUGCAGAAAGAUUAAGUUGUUUGAUUUUAGGACACUGCCUCAAACCCCCUGGAAGGGUAGAUGUACUGUGCCAAUUUUCUAAAAUCCAUAAAAUUCUCAUCUUUAGAGUAUGCAGUAAGGUCUUAAAGCCUUGGACCUCCCGUUAGGUGAGAGACCUUCCUCCAGCAUGAAAGAGCCUGAUUUGCCUGUUGGGCAGGAAGAAAUUCUUCCUGGCACUAAAAUAGAAUUCUAAAACUGAAACUACUUAAAAAUUCUUAAAGUCUGAGCGAUUCUCUGAAAAUGACAUUUCCUUAUUUUUAAUACUUUUCAUACAUUUAAACUGACAUUAAUAAAAACAUUACAAAUUUUAUUUGGCAAUGACUAAAGCACACAGUCUAUAGAUAAUACAGUAUUUGGAGUUUUCGCUGGAAUAUUGACAAAGUACAAAAUGAUACAAUUACUAUAAACUGUAGAUAAGAUAGAAGUAGGCAAUCUUCUGAUAACUAUAUGCAGCACCAUCUAUAGUAGAGAAAAACUAGAUUAAAAUGUUAGUUUAAGACAUUUCUGGGGUACUGCCCACUCCUGUUAUCACUAGGUAGUAUUGUCUUCAUAU